AUGGCGGAAAAGAAGCGCAAAGUAGUGGAUUCGACGACAAGCACUCAGGCUGUGAAAAAGGCAAAGAAGAGCACCAAGUCCGAAAGCCAAAAAGUUGACAAUGCGAAAGCCUCGGAAGUGAUCACUGCCACAACUUCGAACGUCGAUACUGUGCCUGCCGUGAAGAAGAAGGCAAGGAAGAGAGCCGCUGAUUUCCUCGACGACGAACCAGAGACUACCUUGCCUAAGAAAAACAAGAGGCCUAUAGGAAAUGGCGUUGUUGAGCCAGCGUCACUCACGGCUGAUGGGGUAAACGGUGUGGUUGAGCAUUCAGAUGACGAAGAUAUUACGAUCACCACUUCGAAGCAGCCUAAGCGCAAGUCGAUGAUGGCCGAAGCUGAGCGCACACAAGAUCAAGAGAUGGAGGAUGAGUUUGGCAAGGAUGAUGAGGAGGAUGAACAGGUGGAUAUCGACGCCGCUCCGGCACUCUUGACUGGGUUCGAUUCCGAAAGUGAGGACUUAGCAGAAGAUAAGAGCUUCGAUGCGACCAAAGUCCAACCUAUACCGCAAUUCAAGAAGACCAGCAAGAAGUUGCGUAAGGCGAAGGAGACCCCAAGCGACGGUCCAGGCGUCGUGUAUAUCGGCAGGAUACCGCAUGGAUUUUACGAAUCUCAAAUGCGCGAAUACUUCUCUCAAUUUGGGGACAUUUCACGAUUACGGCUAUCGCGGAGCAAAAAGACCGGUGCCAGCAAGCACUUUGCUUUCGUUGAAUUCACGAGCGACGAAGUUGCCAAAAUUGUUGCUGAAACAAUGGACAACUAUCUCAUGUUUGGCCACAUCCUGAAGUGCAAAUAUGCUCCUGAAGGCUCCCUACAUCCUGAUGUAUGGAAAGGCGCAAACAAGAAGUUCCGGAAGAUACCACAUCACAAGCUUGCGAGACAAAAAGCUGAACAGCCGAAGACAGAUGAGCAGAUUGCCAAGAAGAUGAAGAAGGAGCAAGCUAAAAGAGUGGCAAAGGUGGAGAAACUGAAGCAAAUAGGAUAUGAAUUUGAGCUGCCCGAGCUUAGGAAGCCCGAGGAGAGAGUACAAGUCGAGGACGAGCAGAAACAGCCGGUUAUCGAAGACAAGGUGGAAGGUGCGAUCGUACCACCACCGACAGUACCCAAGGACGAACUUGCUACCAAGGUCGAGGAUGAUGCCAAAAAAUCGAAAAAGCCAAAACAGACCAAAGCGCCAGUUGCAGCUGAGAAGGAGGCAUCAGUCAAGGUACCGUCAAAGAGUAAAAGUACGAAGGAGAAGCCGCUACCUGCGAAAAAGGACAAGCAGUUGAAGGGUAUCUUGAAGAAACCGAAGAAAGCUUGA